AUCUGUCCGAUAGGUUGUGUUAUCGACUGUUCGCGCAAGGACCACAAGAGCGGCGAAAGAAAUUUUUUUUGCCUUUCCGAGUGGGUUGGUGUGUGGGUGGUGUGUGAAAAAAGUGCGUGCGGUCUUGUUUAUGGGCGAAAAAGAGCAGCGGCUGUCCGGCCGGAGUUAGCAAAUUCGUGUGCAGGAUCCUUCCCAGAAAGAUUAGGUCGCCUUUCCCUCCAGCCGCACCGUUCCCCAAUUCCCAGCUGUCGGUUUUUCAUUAACAUUCCGCAUUAGUCCGAAGGAUUGCCUAGAGCCGAUAGUCCAUGAGUUGGGUGACAUAUACGAAUACCCUCAGUUAGCUGCCGCUGAAAGAGAUGGCCAACAACAACCAUCCCCAUCCUGGGCACCUCAGUCAGGCGGCCCAGAACGCCUCCUGGAAUCCAUUACAAAUUCCUUCGUACAUACCCCGCCAGCCGCAGUUGGCGCACAUGUCCAACGAACGGCCUGGAAUGGUGCGAUCUCCGUUGGCCUGGCACGUUUCCGGAACCGUUUCCGCCCAGCCUCCACCUCCACCCGAUGCCAUUUACAAUUUCAUGUCGGCCAAUCACAAAAACCUGGACCACCACCAUCAGAUGAAUCCAUUGCUGGCACCGCCCUACUCAGGAACUUUGCCAUUCAACUCCAUGGACUUGUCCUUACAGUCCGCACGAAGUGCGGCCCAGCCCCUGGCCAAGCAACCUCCGAAUCAACAACCGCAUCAGACCCAACAGCAACAACAAUCCCUCAUACAUGCCCCCAAUUAUCCUUCAAUUCAAAAUCUCACAACCAAUGCCACGCCCACCAGCACGCAGCUGCAACAGCAGCAGCAACAGGAACAUCUGGCUGCCAUGGCAGCUGCCCAUGUCAGUUUGCUGCAGUCCAGCCGCCAAAAUCAGGGAGCCCCAUCAGGUAACCUCAGCAAUGGAGGCGACUGCGAGUCUUUGCUUCCGCCACCACCGCCAACAUCUGUUUCUGGGAACACCAAUCACACUGGGAGCAACAGCAGCAGUAACAGUGGAAGUAACAACCACAUAGCCAGCCCGCACUACAUGCAAUCUCGCGAUGAGAAUUUCAAGCUGACGCAAUUAAAACGCAGCUUCGAACCCGAUCUUUCGGGGAAGAACCCACAGAAGGAGAAGGAUUUUGGAUACCCUUCAGCGAGUUCAGCUAGCAAACUGCCAACGCACAAUGUACAGCAGCAACAUGCCAACAAAAAACGUAAGACCCAUGCCUCACCCCUACGAAACUAUCACCAGCAACAGCAGCCGCCUUACAACUUAACCCCCAAAUAUAAUGGACCACAGACGCCGCCUACGCCUCAGUCACCGCUGGCUGCAAAUCCGCACCAGAUGUUAUCACCCACAAUGGAUUACAAUCAACUGCAUUUGCACCAUCAGCUUAAUAGCUCAAGUGGAGGUAGCUACCAGCACAUGCAGCAGGAUCAGACGCAAUCACAAUCACACCCCCAACACUUGCACUACCACAAUCAGCAUGCCACCAGCCAAACAGCUCCACCACCGCUCCUACCACCUCUCCUGACAAGCGGACAAUUUCACGCUCAACCACAGGAUGCGAGCCAACAGCAAACAGCAUCCUCAAGUCAACAUCAGACACAUCAUUCCCGCACCGCGCAAUUGACGAAUCUCGAUCAGGCGGUUAAGCACAAACCAGAGUCAGAGGAACAGCCUGUUAUAACUGAUCUGUCAUACCGAAACUCUGAGACAGAUAAAACUGCAGCGAACCCGGUACCAGAAGCUCCUGAGUCUCCCUACCUGACCACAUCCAAUGAGGAGUCUUUGGAAUCAAACAGUAACAGCAGUAACAGUCGAAAGCGACGCAAACGAAAAGCCAGUAUGGUGAUGAGAGUUACCCCAAAUGAAAAUGCACCAGAGGGAGAAAACAGCAAGCCGCAGCAUCCACAACAGGCAGCCAAUCUUAACAACAGCUGCAGUCCCAAGAAGUCGCCCAAGAAUGGAGGCGGUGAGUUUCAGCCUUUCAGUACGCAGAAGCAAUCGCAAACCGAGAAUGAGAAAACGACGCAAGAGAACGGUCGUGGAGGAUCACCGGCUCCUGCGGAAAACAAUAGCAACAGCAAUAGUUCCACACUCUAUAAUGACAAUGAAAACCCCAAGACGAAAAAGCAGCGGCAGGCCCUGCUGCAGCGGAACCUUACAGAACAGCACCGAAUGCAGCAGGACGAUGAGCCUCCCAAAAAUCAUACAUCUCCUGCGAUGCCGCCACCUAGUCCGCAGAGCAAUAGCAGCAGCAGUAGCUCCAGCAGCUCUAGUGCAAACACGCAUAGCAGCCAAAGUAGCCACGCCGUCAAUAAUAUUCCGAAGCCUGAGAUUAAUAAUAAGGCCACUACUGACACCCCUGCAUCUCCUGCCCUAGUAGAACAGGGCGACAUCGAUGCUAAGCCGGCGGUCAGUGUGCACGAAUGUGAUGAGGAAGAGGAACCAGCUGUAAACAAGGUAUCGCCUGCGCACCCUGAUCCACCUACCACUGCUGCAGUUGCUGCGCCUCCUGCAACCGAAUCCCCCAAGAAAUCAUCACCCGCUGCCAACUCUGAGUCUUGUCCCUUUGGGGAAGUGGAGGAUAAGCUAGAGCAAAUGUUUGCUGGCAUUGAGGAGGAGACGGAAAGGAUAUCCAGCCCAGAAAAGCCAGCUGAGGAAUCGGCAGCGAUGGUUGCACACAAUUUGACCGCCCAGCUGGCUCUGGACCCUUCAAAGACGCUCGAUACGCCAGCGGAAAAUCAGACCUCAGUGCUUGCAGUCCUGGCACCCAAUCAAACACCUACGCCUGAAAUUCGGCCAGUAGCCACCAAAGCGGCGAUGAAGUCUACGAUGCCCAGCCCCGUGCACAGUCCCAUACCCCAAUCACGAUCCACAUCGACGCCCUUGGUUGCAGGAGAUGACAGUAAAUCGAACACCCCUGUGCCAGCUAAAGCACCUGCGCCCAGGAGACCGCCACCUCGUAGGCUUUCCAUGGGCAUGGAUGCCUCACUAUUGCGUUUUAUGAUCGACGAUCCACCUGCCAAAAAGCCAGGUCGUAAAAAAAAGGUGACUAAAGAGCCAGACUUUGAAGAUGAUGACAAGCCUAGCACCUCGGCGGCAGCUGCUGCGGCUCUUGCAGCUCGCCAGCUAAGCGAAGCGGCUUCUGCUACGAAAAGCAAACCUGCCGCAGGAGCGAAAAAAAAGAAUGCAGGGGUCAAGGGGAAGAAGGGAUCGGCGGGAAAGGGUAAUGCAAAGAAUGCAAAACAGAAUGGGAAAAAGUCGGCUCGAAAGCCAGCCUUUACCACCGACGAGGAUAGCACUCCGGCGCCUACAAAUGGAGGAGGAUCCGUUCCCGAGCUGAGGUUCAAAUCUCCCUUUAUACUAAUCAAACCGGAUGGAAGUGUGAGUAUCAAGAACACACACAGUGCCGAGGACGUGAACGAGAAGCAGACCAAGGUUAAAAAGGCGCCGCACGAACGAAAAAACUUGAGGGGAAUGCACAGCUCUACGCUGAGCAAUCGCUAUGAUGCGGACACCACUGACUCCACGUGGAUAUGUGUAUUCUGCAAGCGGGGUCCGCAUAAGCUCGGCCUAGGUGAUCUCUUCGGUCCGUACCUAGUGACUAGCGACUGCGACGAGUAUCGUGCCGCUGUGCAGACACCCGGAGCACAGGACAUCGAUGGUAUGUUUGUUAACAAACGGCGACGCGAGGACAUGGUGAAGGGUCAGGAGCGGAAUCUGCCCGCUGUGCCUGCCACGCUAGCCAAUAUUAUGCAAGCACCGAAGAUAAGCAUGCAUAAACGUAAGCGCAAACAGACGCACGAUAGCUCGAUAUCCUACAGCGACGAUCCAAAUGAGUCCCGCUCACAAUGCUCAUCUGUGGACCUACUGGACUGCAGUACCGAAUCCAAGUUUGUGGAGACGUUCCGCGGCAUGGGAAAAACCUCGGAGAACGGCUUUGAAGUUUGGUUGCACGAGGACUGUGCUGUUUGGAGCAAUGACAUCCAUCUGAUCGGAGCCCACGUCAACGGAUUAGAUGCGGCGGUGUGGGACAGUACGAGAUACCAGUGCGUACUCUGUCAGCAGACGGGAGCUAGUAUAUGUUGUUUUCAACGGUGUUGCAAGGCUGCAGCUCAUGUACCAUGCGGACGAUCGGCAAAUUGGAGCCUGAGCGAGGAGGAUCGCAAGGUAUACUGCCACUUGCAUAGGCAUGAGCCUGGUGUCGUGGAACCCAUUAAAACGGAGAGUAUAGCGCCGGUGGAGGUUUCAGUUGCUACACCGCCAGCACCCGCACCGCCACCCGCGUUCAAUAUCCAUUCGCUUCCCUGAGUACGCGUGCGCGUCCAGAAAUGCCGCCUGGUCGCCAAGCGUUGAGCGUUAAAGGCACGAUCCCCAGACCCCCGACUGCGAAUCCAAAACCCUACCGAAUCCGCAGCUCGCUGCAUCAUUUACUUAAGCUUUGUACAUAAGUUUCCGACCGCCGUCGUCGCCAGGAGGGCAUUUCGUAAUCCAAGAAGUGAUUUUGUAUAAAUUCGCUGUACAUUUUAAGGCUUGACGCACAGCAUAGACGAUAUCAAAGCGUUUGCCACGUUAUAGUUAGGUUCCCUUCCCCAAACCUUUAGUUGUUUAUGUUUAAGAUACGUCCUAAAUUAUUUUUUCGCAUAGUCCAGAACUUUACAUUAGUACCUUUUAGUUCUAACUAAUUUUAAAACCACCAGCCCAUGUCCUAUGCCCACCCAUCUGCAUCACACAUACGCCUCUUGAUAAUUCGGUUUAGUUGAAUUCAGUCUGUUUGUAUCAACAAAUACUCCAUGCCAUACCGAUAUUCAACUGAGUAAUCAAGGUAACUGAAGUAGCUAUGGGCGAUUCCAAUUGAUAUGUAUAUGCGAUGUGAAGUUGCAGUAAAACAACUUAUAAAUAGAAAAUGUUUGACACCAAGUAAGCGAGAACAUUCGAAGCCCAAUUAAAAAUGGAAUAUUGUAAAACAAUAUAAUAUGCAUAUAAGAAUAUUAGUAAUGUUUAUUUAAGUGAACAGUUAAAGCCAGCAAAAUGAAACCUUGUAUUGUAUUCGUAAUUCGGUAAGGUCUGUACGUAUUGCUGAUAAUUUUAAAACUCUAAAACGUAUAAACAAUAAAAACUUAAUCUCACAUGC